AAAACAUGGAAGCUUUCUUGAUUUUCAUUUAGUAAUAAAUAAAAAAAAGUUAAGAAUUCCAAAUGGCUUCAAAUGUUGUUUUGUUCAUCACAUUAGCCCUCUUGAUCAGUUUCAUUUAUGUAUCCUUUGCCUUCGACCCUCGUCCUCUUCAAGACUUCUGCGUUGCAGAUCCAACAGGAAAUGCAUGCAAGGACCCAAAAACAGUUACCGCCGACGACUUCUUCCUCAGCGGUCUAGAUCGCCCCGGAAGCUUUAACGCCUACGGCCUCGCCUUCGUCAUUGCCAACGCAACCACUGUGCCGGGGUUCAACGCUCUGGGCAUGACAUUCGCGCGCUUGGAGUUUGCGCGGAAUGGCUACUUCCCGCCGCACGCCCACCCUAGGGCGUCGGAGGUGUUCUAUGUGGCGGAAGGUGCGGUCGAAGUUGGGUUCGUCACCACGUACCCAGAAUACAAAUAUUACAGCAAAGUUGUGAACAAAGGUGAUGUCUUCAUCAUACCUGUCGGGCUCGUCCACACCGUGCGAAACGUGGCGGCGAGGGGAGAAAGUGUCGCGUUGGCGGCUCUCAACAGCCAGAAUCCCGGCUUUGUUUUUAUACCGGACAAUGUUUUCGCGGCGAAGCCGGCCAUCAACUCAACUUAUCUGGCCGGAGCGUUUAAGGUGGAUGAGUCUGUUGUGAGAGUUUUGCAGACAAAGCCGUGGCUUUAAUCGUUAUAUGCUACUUUCACUCGGUUUUUGCAAUGAAUUGAUGGCCUUCAAUUUCCUAUAUAUCCUCUAUAUUUGCAUCGUU